AUGCCGACAGAGAUGGUCAAGUGCAGCAAGGGCAGCGACUGUACAGCCGACAAAUGUUGCCUCUUUGACUCCAAGAUGGGCAACGGUGUCUGUCAGCCAAUGCUCACCACAUCUGAACUCUGUUACACGCUACAACCGUACGCCUGGAGUCGACCUGAAGAAAUGGUCACUGACUUCGACACCUGUCCGUGCGAGAGCGGAGACUUCUGCGCCACACUUGAUGGGGGAUUCAUUG